GACUUCUUGUACUUAAAGUCAAAUAAAGGAUUUGUUAACAAAUUCCCAAUCGUUUUGUUGUAGAAUUUGUUUUACUCUUUAUGUGUUCCACUCAUUCAUUGUUUAGAUAUAGAGUAUAACUGUUUGAAAAGUGGCCUAGUAUAAAAGUUUGAAAACUAAUCAAGAAUGGCCCCCAAAUAUUCAGCGCCCAGAGUAUGGAAGCGACCCUACAAUCACAUCUAUAAUGAUAACUACAAAUACGGCAAUUCGUUGUAUUCCGACGAGAUCUCCAACAUUGAGCGCAAGUACAACGAGGCCUUAGCCCGCACUACAUUCAGGUCCGACCGCCCAGACCUCAACCUCAGCUCAUUCUCCGACAGCCAACUCACCGGAGAGUCUAUUAUUCAACGGCAACGAGCGCUGGCAUCUGCGGCCGUGGCCGCGGCUACUCUCGAGUCGGAUCGCAUCCGAUCGAUGAGCUCUACGAGAGCCAGAGCUGACGAGACGGCAGCCUUUGCCCGAAGACUACAACAUUCGGAGUCAUUCGAUAACUACACCAAAGCUUUGGCUAAUAUUAACUCCGAUAUCGAGGAAUCAAAGCUCCGAAGAAGUCGAUCGACAAGAAGCAGACGUCGACCGGAAAGUACUAUAGGUUUGGUUGCGUCCACUCCUUACGAGGAAUCGCUGCUCAACAGAGACGAGGGUCAACACAAUCCCAACUUUUGGAUGGAGAGAUGCCGCGAAUUGCAGUCACAGAUCGAUAAUGUGGUCCAACAGUUGACAGAUACGGAAGACAAAGUGAAACACGAGACCACUCUUAUCAAGACUAAACUCACUCAAGACGUUACCGAUCUGUUGCUGACUAUUGAUGAUCAGGACCGACAGAUCGGAGAUUUACAGAAAAUGCUUAAAAAACAGGCCAAACUCGUCUCCGAUUUAACUCUGGAGUUAGAGGCAUCUCAAAGACAUUACACGGAUAUCAACGACACGCUAACAUUGAAUCAAAAGAGAUGUCAAAAUCUAAGCCAUGAAGUCGACGAAAUGCGGUCGGCUUUGGAUAAGUUUAGAGGAGGAAUUGAUAGUUCAGUUGAAACGCAAGUGAAGAUCAUUGGCUCCGGCGGUCGCGCCACUCAUUUGUCUCCAAUGGUCUGA